GGUGGAUUUGGGGGGUUUUGGGCUCCCCCAGGUGGAGGACGAGGUGUUUGAGGAGUUCUGCCGCGAGAUCGGGGUCAGGAACAUCCGAGAGUUCGAGGAGGAGAAGGUCAAGAGGCAGAACGAGAUCGCCAAGAAAAGGCUGGAGUUCGAGAACCAGAAGACGCGCUUGGGCAUCCAGCUGGACUUUGAGCGCAACCAACUGCGGGAGGACCAGGAGAAGGUGCUGAUGUGGGAGCAGGGCGUGCGCAAGGACGAGGCCGAGAUCGAGAAGCUCAAGAAGGAGGAGCAGCGGCACAUGAAGAUCAUCGACGAGACCAUGGCGCAGCUGCAGGACCUCAAGAACCAACACCUGGCCAAGAAGUCGGAGGUGAACGACAAAAACCACGAGAUGGACGAGAUCCGCAAGAAGCUGGGCGGGGCCAACAAGGAGAUGACCCACCUGCAGAAGGAGGUGACGGCCAUCGAGACCAAGCUGGAGCAGAAGCGCAGCGACCGCCACAACCUCCUGCAGGCCUGCAAGAUGCAGGACAUCCGCCUGCCGCUGGCCAGGGGCUCCAUGGACGACAUCAGCCAGGAGGAGGGUGGUGGCACGGGUGAGGACGCCGGGGGCAGCUCCCAGCGCAGCUCCAGCCUCUACGCCCGCGAGGCUCUGAUCGAGAUCGACUACAGCGACCUGCCCGAGGAGCUCAAGGAUGCCCAGGCCGAGGAGGAGAUCCGGCAGGAGAUGGCCGCCCUGCAGCAGCGGCUGACGGAGCAGCAGAGCGUCCUGCAGCGCAUCGCCGCCCCCAACAUGAAGGCCAUGGAGAAACUGGAGAGCGUCAGGGACAAGUUCCAGGAGACCUCGGAUGAGUUCGAGGCCGCCCGCAAGCGCGCCAAGAAGGCCAAGCAGGCGUUCGAGCAGAUGAAGAAGGAGCGAUUCGACCGCUUCAACUCCUGCUUCGAGGCCGUGGCCACCAACAUCGACGAGAUCUACAAAGCGCUGUCCCGGAACAGCAGCGCGCAGGCAUUUUUAGGCCCCGAGAACCCCGAGGAGCCGUACCUGGACGGCAUCAAUUACAACUGCGUCGCCCCCGGGAAGCGUUUCCGGCCCAUGGACAACCUGUCAGGGGGGGAGAAAACCGUGGCAGCGCUGGCCCUGCUCUUCGCCAUCCACAGUUACAAGCCGGCCCCGUUCUUCGUGCUGGACGAGAUCGACGCCGCUCUGGACAACACCAACAUCGGCAAGGUGGCCAAUUACAUCAAGGAGCAGUCGGCUGCCAACUUCCAGGCCAUCGUCAUCUCCCUCAAGGAGGAAUUUUACACCAAGGCCCAGAGCCUGAUCGGCGUCUACCCCGAGCAAGGCGAUUGCGUCAUCAGCAAAGUGCUGACCUUUGACCUCACCAAGUACCCGGACACCAACCCCAACCCCAACGAGCAGUGACCCCCCCCAAAAUAUUGGGGACCCCCCCCAAAAUCAUCGUGACCCCAAAAUCCUGGGGACCCCCCUCCCCAAAAUCAGCGUGAA